AAAAAAAAACACAUCCAGUAAGCAAAAAAAAAAAAAAAGACAUUUUUAUUUUUUCUCGUUAAAUUUUUCUGUGGUUCCGGUCACCGCAGCUCUGUCAUCAUCUUCUUCUUCUCUCUGCAUCUUCUUCUUCUUCUUCUUCAUUUACCAAUUUGAAAUCUACUCAGAUUCUCUGUGAUUUUCCCCCUCAAAAUCUCGAUCUGUAUAUCGUGUAGCGAAUUUAGGAUCGUUGUUUGUGUCUGUGUUUUUGGUAACAGUUGUAAAUUUGAAUUAUUUGAGCUUUUGUGUGUGAAGUCAGAUUCAGUUUCCUGUGAGCUGUAAAGAUCUGGUUUGGGGGGGGGGGGUAUAUCGUUCUGUGAUCUAUUUGGGGCUUUUGUUCCCUUUUCUCUCUCUGUGAUUUCGUUUAUUGUUGUUUUCGUCGGCCCGAGUUUACCGGAGCUCCGGGUCUGACGUGAUUUUUUCAAAUGGCGGCUUCAGAGAGAUCAAUUGAUAAAGAGGUCGACAUGAGUUCUUCGUUUCUCCAAAAAUUCAGGCUUUACGAGACCCGCUCGAGCUUCUACAUGAUUGGCAGAGAUAAAAACCGAACGUCUUGGAGAAUCCUGAAGCUAGAUAGGACAGAGCCAACAGAGGUUAACAUUUACGAAGAUUCAACGGCUUACACAGAAGCUGAAUGCUUUGAAACUUUGAGAAGGAUACAUGAAGGAAACAGGUCAUCUGGUGGACUGAAAUUUGUCACCACUUGCUAUGGGAUCAUCGGAUUCAUAAGGUUCUUGGGACCCUAUUACAUGCUGAUUAUCACUAAAAGAAAGAAGCUUGGUGAAAUUUGUGGGCACACAGUUUAUGGUGUAGCAAAGAGCAAGAUUAUCACCAUUCCACAUGCCUCUGUGCUAUCCAAUGUGGCUUAUUCUAAGGAUGAGAAAAGGUACAAGAGGCUACUCUGCACUGUUGAUCUCACAAAGGACUUCUUCUUCAGCUAUUCCUAUCACAUCAUGCAUACACUUCAGAGGAAUCUGUCUGACAAGGUGGAAAGACACACUUACUACGAAUCGAUGUUUGUCUGGAAUGAAUACUUAACUCGGAGGAUUCGGAAUAAUGUUAAGGACUGUAUGUGGACAGUUGCAUUGGUUUAUGGAUUUUUCAAACAGGUUAAGCUAUCGGUUGCUGAGAAGAGCUUUAAAUUGACUCUAAUUGCUCGCCGAUCUCGACAUUAUGCUGGCACAAGAUAUCUGAAGCGUGGUGUGAACGAGAAAGGCAGGGUAGCUAAUGAUGUCGAGACAGAGCAGAUCGUUUUCGAGGAGGCUCAAGAUGGAAAUCCCGUCCGAAUAAGUUCUGUAGUUCAGAAUCGGGGUUCGAUUCCUUUGUUCUGGUCUCAGGAGACCUCACGCUUGAAUAUCAAACCUGAUAUUAUAUUGUCAGGGAAGGAUCCCAACUUUGAGGCAACCAGACUGCACUUUGAAAAUCUUGGAAAGAGAUAUGGGAAUCCGAUCAUCAUACUGAAUUUGAUAAAGACGCGUGAAAAGAGGCCUCGGGAGACUAUUCUGCGUGCAGAGUUUGCAAAUGCAAUAAGAUUUAUAAAUAAAGGGUUGAGCAAAGAGGAUCGUCUAAGGCCUCUUCACUGGGACUUGCAUAAACACUCCAGAAAAAAAGGAACAAACGUGUUGGCAAUUCUCGGCAGGUUGGCUACUUAUGCUUUGAACUUGACUGGCAUCUUCUACUGUCAUCUAACUCCGGAUCUUAGAGGAGAUGGGUUUCAGAGCCAGAAUCCAUCCACCUUGGAGAACAACAAUGGUGAUGGUUCUUCUUAUGAUCUACCCUGUAAAGAUGAAACUGCACCAGAUUUGGCUGUGGAAAGUGGUAAUGAUAGUAAGGAUAAUACUGAAGAUCGGCAAAAGGAAGAUACCAUGCUUCAGAAAGGUGUCCUGAGGACCAAUUGCAUAGACUGUUUAGAUCGCACCAAUGUUGCUCAAUAUGCCUAUGGUUUGGUAGCAUUUGGUCGUCAACUCCAUGCUUUGGGUUUGACAGAGUCUACUAAUAUAGAUCUAGACAAUCCCCUCGCUGAAGAUUUGAUGGGAAUUUAUGAGACAAUGGGAGAUACGCUUGCACUUCAGUAUGGAGGAUCCGCGGCACACAACAAGAUAUUUUGUGAAAGGCGUGGUCAAUGGAGAGCAGCGACUCAGUCACAGGAAUUCUUCAGAACUUUACAACGUUACUACAGUAACGCCUAUAUGGAUGCCGAAAAGCAAGAUGCAAUUAACGUGUUCUUAGGAUACUUUCAGCCACAACCAGAUAAGCCAGCGCUAUGGGAAUUGGGUUCUGAUCAGCAUUACAAUGCAGCAAGAUUUCUUGCCAGUUCUGUACCAGAGAAUUCAAGGUCUACGAUGAAACGAUCUCUAUCAGAAAGUAGCAUCCUUGGCGAGAGCAGCACAUCCGCGUUGGGACCAGUAGCUAGACAUGGCUUAGCUGAAAAAGAUGCAGAAGUUAAAGGUCUCUCAGAUUCAGCACCUGAGAUCUCAACGUCUAAAACUGCAAUGAUAGCUGCUAGUUUGAGUGCUCCACCGCCAAUAUUAGAGGAAUUAGGUUUAGAUGAUAUUCUUGAAAACGAUUGCUUCUGCUGUGAUGGGCAUGGUGAGCAAUGUACAUGUGCAGCUUUUGAUAUGGAUUGGGUAUCUUCUUCAGGAAACUCUUGUGAAGAUGAGAGUUACGGAAGAUCCACAGUGGUUAGAUCAUUUGAAACCGUUCCUGAAAGUACAAAAGUAGAGUCAGAAAUUUGUGUUGUUGAACCAGAUUCCUGCAAUAGAAAGGAAAACUCAGAAGCCAUUUCCGGAAUUCCUGAAGGCUAUGUGAGGUGGGUGAUGGAUGAAGAGGGACAUUUCUGGUGAGAAUAGAGCUGCUAAGAAGAAAAAAAGAAAAACCAAAAAAAAAAAAAAGAAAAAGAAAAAAGAGAAACAUAUCUUUUAGUGGUGACGGGUAAAGAAAAGAGUAUCAGCGAAGAAAGUAACUGAAAAGAAAAUACUAACCGCCGCUAAUUUAUUAUUAUUAAUCGGAUUGAAAGGAGCAAAAAAGGGGUGAAAACGUGAGAAUGUGAGAGAGACUGAGAGAAGAGGAUAGAGCAACAAUCUUGUAAAUAAUUUUAAGAAGACAUUGUUGAAGUUGAAUUUAAAAAGAAAAUAUCUCAGAUCUUGUUCCA